AGGGCCCUAAGACGAACUAGUGAGGAUUCACUCCUCAUAACCUCCUAAGGUGUCCUCUGUCACUCUUUUCAAGGCUUUAACUUUUUUUCUGGAGAAUGAUCUUCACUCCCCACUAUUAUUAUUUUCAAGGAAUUUAUGGGAGACCUACAGGCCAUUGUGAAAGCAGCAUUGGUGGUGCUAUUGCUUACUUUACUAAAGGAGCAAAAGGAAAAGUGUCCAGAGGUGCCAAUAUGGCUGCUUGAUUUGUGCCAUGAAGAAUGGUGGGUAUUGCAGCCUCAUUGGCACCUACGAGAAGCUCCCUUGUGGUAAGCCAAGGAAAUCUCACAUUACUGAGUACAGUAUAUAUGGAAAUGAGUCAGAAGACGGAGGAGAUGUUACCUCAGGUUUUUAUUUCACUACUGGGAAAAGUGAGUGAAAGAGAGACAGAAGACAGGGAAGUACGUGCUUAUUGAUGUUGCUUCUUUCAUUUUUGAGGUGAAGGAGAAUACGGUGGGCAGAGGAGGAGUCAAGCCACACGUUUAUUCUCUGCUGUGAUUAGGAUAGCCGCAGUCACACUGUGGCACUGUCCUCCAUUACAUCAGAUGUGCUUGUAGUUAAUUACAAGUUACCUUCCUGAAUUUGCUGCAGUAAAAAGCGUAUAUUUAACAAACCAAAAUGCAAUACAAGAAGCUGGUGUGGUCCUUGUGGUUGUGUUUAGGGCUAGUUUCAGAGCAUUGCAACAUUCAGGCUGUCUUUUAUACAAACCAUCUAAAGGAAGAGACACUAUUAAUACCUCCAGGUUUUAAAAAAGUAUCUCAUUGAAACAACAGGUUGGAAAGGACUAGAAAUGUAAUAUAAUCAUAUGUGCUGCUGGUUUGAGCAAGCAUCAAAAUAGAGGGAAAUAUAACAUUUAAUUUGCUGCUGCUGCUUCCGAAUAUACAACUAUGGCAACUGUAGCAAAUCAUCCCAACUUGGUGCCUCCACAGGCAUUCAAAAUAAAACUUCCCAAAAUUUUAGGAAUUGCCCUCUGACUAGUUAAGUCCAUGCUUAAUUUUGAAUUGCUCAAACUAAAUAGUGCAAUUUCUAUUGAUGUGUCAAAUAAAAUGUUUAACCCAAAAUUAACUUUGGAAGGUAUAUUGGCUCUGCACUUACUCCAGAAAAACAAUGCAGAAGAGACAAAUCAGCUGCAUUUCCUAUGCAAUACAGGGCAGGUGGCUCUUCCCUCUUGUCCUUCCUCUUGGGAUUUCCCCUUUCCUCCUAAAACCAAGGUCCUGUGGCACUUAACUAGACAUUCUGCCAUUUUUGUCUGCUCUAAAUAUGGCUUUGCCAGUGGCUGCUUUUCAAGGUAAUUCAAGGGUAAAAAGCACAGCAGAGGAUGUAACAUUCCAUCAUUGGCCAGCAUGGAAAUACACUGGAUGACUUAAAUAGAAAAACGUGAAGAUACUCCAAGCAACUACAGAAAAACAAGAGAGCUGGGAGGAUGAACUUGGGAGCUAUGUGAAAGGAACCUUAGUAUAUUUAUUUUACAUAGUGUACUAAGUAUUCUGGAGGUCUGGAUUCAGUUUCUGAGUCAACCUGGACAUUUAUCAAAGAUUCUUGAGAAAGAAACAAAGCACACGAUGGCCUUGGUUUUGCUAAUUUCCACUCUUGCCUUCAGCCUCACGAAUGGAAUAAAACUUCAAGAUUUUAGCUGGCAGUUAAAAAAAAUACCACAGAUUGUGAAGGAAAAGACUUUCUUCCUUGACACUCCUAAAUAUGAAGCCAGUGCCAAAUUAGAACUGAGCGGAGUGUGUGGGAUUGAAUGCCAAAGAACAUUGCCAGUGCCACGUUGGUCUGAUCUGAAGGAGCUGCUUUCCUAUGAGACAGUCUUUGAGAAUGGCACAAGGACCUUGACAGAAGUGGAGGUUCUGGGAAUGGAGCCCAAUGCAAUUGUAAACAUUACUACUAAGAUGCCAACAAGAAGGAAGAGACAGGUCUAUGGCACAGACAGCAGAUUCAGCAUUUCAGACACUCGAUUUCUGACCAACUAUCCUUUUAACACCGCGGUAAAGAUCUCCACAGGCUGCACUGGCAUCCUUAUUUCUUCAAAGCAUGUACUCACUGCUGCCCAUUGUGUGCAUGACGGUAAAGAUUACAUUAAAGGCAGCAAGAAACUGAGAGUGGGAAUGUUGAAGCUGAAAUCCAAAGGCACGGGCAAGAGACGCAGGGGAGCCAAGAGGAGUAAGAGGGAGAUGCCAGAAGUCGAAGAGGAUGAGGUUGAUUCCAAACUCCAGAAAAGGAGAUCUGGCGGUAGAGCUGGCAGAAAACAAAAGACACCUGUGUUGAAUGAGAAGAAGUCAGAGCGUAAGCCCUCCUUCCAGUGGACCAGAGUUAAAAGUACUCAGAUCCCCAAAGGCUGGACAACUGAUGUGACAAGAGAUGUUGCAGUUGAUUAUGACUAUGCAGUUUUGGAACUCAGGCGUCCCCACAAGAAGAAAUACAUGGAACUUGGCAUCAGCCCGGAUAGCAAGAUGAUUCCUGGAAAUAUGAUCCAUUUUUCUGGAUACGAUGCAGACCGAGCUGGCCAACUGGUUUAUCGCUUUUGCAGCAUAUCUGAUGAAUCCAGUGAUCUCUUCUACCAGUAUUGUGAUGCUGAGCCUGGUUCUACUGGUUCAGGAAUUUACCUCCGCCUUAAAGAACCAAACAAGAAGAAAUGGAAACGCAAAAUUAUUGGCAUUUAUUCUGGUCAUCAGUGGGUGGAUGUUAAUGGAGAACAACAGGAUUACAACGUUGCAGUUCGAAUUACACCGCUCAAAUAUGCUCAGAUUUGCCUCUGGUUAGGGAAUAAUGACACCUGUGCACAGGGCUAAAGAUAAUACUUGAUCACCUAAUAUCUAGUAGUGUUAGGCAAUGGAAGUCAUACAUUGACUUGCUUUGAUUGUAUUUGAACUUGACGCCAGAAAUUAGAUUUUUUUUGUAUUGAGGAACAAAAACAAACAAACACCUCAGCAUUUAUGAGAAUUUUUCUGCUAGGUUAAUUACGUUAACCAAUAGACAUGAGGUGCACUUAAAUCCCAGGUUGUGUAUGUUUGUACCGUAUAUGUCUCUGUGUGUGUACACACAAACACACACAUAUAUAGGUAAGUUUAAAUCAUACUUAAGAACAAACACUCUUUGCUUUUUCAGUUUGUUACUCAGUUAACACUUCAAAGAAAAGUUUCUUCUCUGGUAAUUGGUAUUAUUAAAACAUUUAUUAUUUUAUUUCCAACAUAUUAUCUCAGGGUUCUGCUCAAAUAAGCAUCACACAUUUAUUAUUGAAACAUAGAGGUAAGAACAAAAAUUAAUCUUCACACUUUGAUGGUCCUACCAAAUUAGUGUUUAUGAAAAUGGAAAGCCAUUUUCUUGAAUUCUAAACCAAUAAAAUGAAACUUAAUCAAAGUAGCAUGUCCCAAUUCGAAGAAAAGAGAUCCAUGUAAUUUAAAUGCCUUUAAAUCAUAUUUAGAAAAUAAAACUGGGAGUAUUAAAAUUGUAUUUGUUUUAUUCAGUCACUACUUUGAACAAAUCCCUGCCUUUUAAAAUUAUUAUUAAGAUGCAAUAGUGACAUUUAUGUAUUGUAAUUUUUUAAACUAUCAAAAGCUAAAUGUAUCAUCCUAUCAAAAGUAGGAGAUAACAGUAGCCCAAGAAGCCAUAUAUUUGCUCCUAAUGGUAAGAGUAACUUGAUGAAGAAAAGAAUAGCUCUAUAGUCUAAAAUGUAAACAGAUGUAAUUGUCACAUAUAUUGAAAUGUACAUAAAAGCUUCACCAUAAAGGUAACAUGAGAUGCACAAGUUGUAUGUUUCUCAGCCUCAUCAACUUUGAGAGAUGAAAACUUCAAUUCUUAAAAUUCUAAGCAGUGGUUAUGCUGACUGAGGAUUUCUAGGAGUUGAAGUCCACUCACCUUAAAGUUGCUGAGAUUGGAAAACCCUGUAUUAGGAUUUAUCAGUGAACCUUUCUUCAAAUGAUAGGCUGAAUUGUGGAAGCAGUUCUUCAGAGUUCCACCACAACUACCAAAGCCAAUAAUUAUUUGUUAAUUAAUCAUGAUCUAAUGUUUACAGAAUUUGUAGGUUAACAUUUAUGUAAAUAUAUUACUGAUUUCUUAUGUAGCAAGAAUUCUUAUGGGUUCUUUUACUAGAAAAGGAUUUAAAGUAGGCUUGUUAUUUAAAAUGUACACAUUUCAGUAGCUUUUCAAAAUAAACUCUCCUGUGCUUUCUGCUUCAAAGAUUGUCAUGUAAGUGAAGGCCAUUUGGAGAAAACAAAAUCAUCGGAACUCUAUUUAAUAUGUAAGGUUAAGGUGAAAUAUUCCUGGCCGUAUGUAAUCUUGGUUUUAUUAAUAUUACAAUAAUUUCAUUUUAACUUGAAUUGAUCAACAUUUUUGCAAAAAAAAAAGUGUAAUAAGAAACAAAAGGUUUUAAAUAUAUGUAUAAAUGUGAAAAAAUCACUAAAUUCUUAAAAGCACUUCAGUUUGAAUAAAAUAUUCUUAAAUUUG